AUGGACGUCAAGACAGCGUUUCUUAACGGCUCCCUCAACGAAGACAUCUACAUGGACCAGCCGGACGGAUACCUGGAUGCAACACAGCCGGACUAUGUGUGCAAGCUAAAGAGAUCACUCUACGGCUUGAAGCAAUCGCCUCGCAUGUGGAACCAAACAAUCGAUGGGUUCAUGAUCAAGAUGGGAUUCAAGAAGUGCGAAUCGGACCACUGCAUCUACAUCAAGCGAGACGUAUUGAGGGUUACCGGUACAAUCCGAACCUAG